AUUCGUUCAUGCGGAUGAACUGCAUUACACACGCGCAGGCCGAAGCAACUGCAUAAUUAUAUCGGCUAUCGUUCCUCUGAUGAUUCCAGAUAAGUUCGGAGCUAAGACGAUGAAUUCAGAGGCUAGCCCGAAUUUGGAAGUAGGACCUUUGAAUUACGGGAAGUGUAUGUACGGCGCAGCAACACCGUGAACUUGUCUUUGACAUCUUAUAUGUAUAAGCGGGGAGCAAAACAAUUUUCCAUCAAUCUCAUCUUAUUUAGCACCUCCUUGCAUCAAGAACUGCGCAAAAGACCGGACCAAUAGAAUGGGCGAAGCACGGGAAAACGAGGCGAAACCAGAGGGCGGUACAUCAGCGAUAAUCACCAGAAUUGCGGCCUCACUGAAUCCCUCGGAGGCAACAGCGUUCAAAAAGUUGGUCGAAAGAUGCGAGACUACACAGCUCCUAGACCGGCCCUCCAAUCUCGACAAGAACGACCUCCCAUCUGGAAUAAACGACCCCUCAACCCUCCUGCGCUUCCUCCGCGCCCGCACCCUCGACGCCGAAGCCGCACAUACACAAUUCAAGGAAGCCCUCGAUCUCCGCGCCACAACCUCCAUCACAACAUUCUACGAUGAAAUUGAUACCCAGGACUUCGACGAAGCACGCAAGCUGUAUCCCCACUGGACAGGUCGCUUCUCCAAAGCCGGCUUGCCACUCUGCUUCUUCGACAUCGCGCAUCUGGAUGGCGACACGUUGGCGCGGUACAACAAGCCCCACCAAGGACGGGAGGAAGGCGUGGGUACGAAGCACACGCUCGCUGUGCACGACUUUCUCACGCGGUUCGUGCUGCCGCUCGCGGAUGUUGUCAAAGGCGAGACCGCGGAAGGUCCGGUGAUUAACUGUCUGUAUCUCGUGGACGCGUCAUCGCUGGGUCUCAAACAGGCAUGGGGCGUGAAGAAGUACGCGCAGGAGACGAGUGCGUUGCUGGCGGGGUCGUAUCCUGAGGUGUUGAGCCGUGUGUUUGUCAUGAAUGCGCCGGCCUUCUUCCCCGCCGCGUGGAAGUGGAUCAAGCCCUGGAUCGAAGCUGGCACGGCAGAGAAGCUGGUCUUCCUAGCUGGCGAAGAAGUUCUUCCGACACUGCAGGAGUAUAUUGAUGCUGACAGCAUACCUGAGAGAUGGGGCGGCCGGUUUGAGUGGAGACAUGGGAUGUUGCCGUGUUUGGGUAAAACGGUUAAGGAGAUGUUGCAGUGGGAUGAGGCGCAGGAGUUCCCAGUGGGGCCUUUGAAAUGGAGAGAUGAUGGUGACGGGGCAAUUGCGUGUUUCACUGGUAGUGAGAACGGGGUCUUGAGACAGGGGAAGGUGGUAAAAGAUACGGAAACGAGUGUGAUUAAUAGUGCAGAACCUUUGGUAAUGAGUGGCGAGCAGACAGUUGGGACGGCAUAGGCCUGUGGUCUCGGCAUCCUGCCCAGCGAUAGAGGGUUUUUCUUUCUUUCAUUAUUAUGAGAUGCUCAGCCUGUCGAUAUGGGCACCGCUAAUGUAGUCAUAGAUACUAGAAACAAUACAGGACAUCUCUGGACC